AUGUGGAGGUGUUCAGUUACCAGUGUGUGUCGGAGGUGUUUACUCAGCAGUGUGUGUCGGAGGUGUUCACUCAGCAGUGUGUGUUGGAGGUGUUCACUCAGCAGUGUGUGUCGGAGGUGUUCACUCGCCAGUGUGUGUCGGAGGUGUUCACUUACCAGUGUGUGUCGUAGGUGUUCACUCAGCAGUGUGUGUCGGAGGUGUUCACUUACCAGUGUUCACUCAGCAGUGUGUGUCGGAGGUGUUCACUCAGCAGUGUGUGUCGGAGGUGUUCACUUACCUGUGUGUCGUAGGUGUUUACUCAGCAGUGUGUGUCGGAGGUGUUUACUCAGCAGUGUGUGUCGGAGGUGUUCACUUACCAGUGUGUGUCGGAGGUGUUUACUCAGCAGUGUGUGUCGGAGGUGUUCACUUACCAGUGUGUGUCGGAGGUGUUCACUCAGCAGUGUGUGUCGGAGGUGUUCACUUACCAGUGUGUGUCGGAGGUGUUCACUUACCAGUGUGUCGGAGGUGUUCACUCGCAAGUGUGUGUCGUAG